AUUCAAUAACUGCUAGACAGUAAGAGCGUCAUCAAACCAUGGUUUCAAACUUAUCGAGAAAAACAAAAAGACAGAGGCUAUGUAUGCUUUUAUAACUCAAAAAAUAGUAGCAUCAGUAGUUUAAGAUUUUCAACUGCGUCACAAUAAACGAAUCUUUGAGUUUAUGCGAUCCAGAAAGCACUUUUCUCGACAAAAUGAUCUCCAAACCUCUUCUGAUACUUCUUGGGACCUUUUCGGUUUUUGUGGCUGUCGGCCAAGCGGGUGGCUCAUACUACUGUUUUAAUGAUCAAGAUUGUAUAACUCAGAAUGCUCUGUACGGUGGGGAAAACGAAAAGUGUUGCUCAGAUGACCAAUGUCACGAGGACUGCGCCUGGGAAGUGUGGGGGUUCCUGUUUUUCUUCCUUUUUCUGCCUUGUUGUGGAUUUAUUUGCUGUGCUGCACUCAUCGGGGGCAUUGUCUACUGCUGCGUCAAAAUGGCCAACAAAGAUAGUCAAAAUGUGCACCCUGUUCCGGUAGUCCACUACAGCAGUGGGUUCCAGUCGCAGCCUGCCUAUGCCAGCCCACCUCCCUACAAUUUCAAUCAGACACAGCCCCCUAACAACUACCCUACCCAGCCUCAGUCGCAGCCUCAGAGCUCGAGCCAAGCUGCGCCUCCUCCUCCGCCUCCUCCCGCAGACCAUCCCGACUUCCAGAAGGGUCAUUUGAACCAUGGAUUCGUACAGCCAUAGCUUAUAAGGCUGCAUAUAAAAAGAAAAUGUUACAAAUCAAGCGAUCUAGAGAAAUGAGUUGAAUCUUCAGAACUCAAUUAUAAUGUUUGUGCAUUUCUAUUUUGAUGAACAAUAUAUUUUUUUUGCAAAAAUUGAAUCCAAGCAACUUAUUCCAUACCUCAACAAAAGCAAAUUAGUCGCUAAAAUACCACAAGUUGCCAAAAUAUGAU